AUGGGAAGAGGAAGGAAGCCUUGUUGUGUUAAGUCAGAAGUGAAGAGAGGUCCAUGGAGUCCUAGUGAGGACCUUAGGCUUAUUGAAUAUGUUCACAGCAAUGGACAUUCAAAUUGGAGGACACUACCGGAGAAAGCUGGUCUACGACGAUGCGGAAAAAGUUGUCGUUUAAGAUGGCUUAACUAUCUGAGCCCGGACGUGAAGCGGGGAAACUUCACCAAAGAGGAUGAGGACAUAAUUAUCAAACUGCACGAAACUAUGGGAAACAAAUGGUCAACAAUUGCAUCUUUUUUACCUGGAAGAACUGACAAUGAGAUCAAGAAUGUAUGGAACACUUACUUGAAGAAAAGAGUAUCCAAGGAUGACACUAAUUCCUCCGCGAAUAGACAAAACCAGUCCUCCUCCUCCUCCGCGUCCUCUUCCUCUUGGACCACCAUGCUCGAAUACUCGACCGGUGGGAAGAAAAAAGAUAUUGAAAUGGGAAAUGUGAUUGGAAUGGAUCAACCAUUCUUCAACCAAAUUGUUAGCUCCAACAUGGGCAUGAGAGAGAUGCAUCCAUCUUUAUCUUCCAACAAUUCAAUUCUCACCCAUCAAAAACUAUUUGAUUUGCCAAACCCAGGAUUUGAUGAAGCAAUGGAAGCAUUUGAUUUCAACUUCUGGGGAGAUUAUUAUGAUCAGGAUAAUGAAAUCUCCAACCUUUUAGGGGAAGUGAAUCAACCAAUCAACACAACAACAACAAGAAAAGAAAAGGUGUUGGAGAACCCAUUAGACCCUAGUAGGGAUAUUUGGAAGAUAAUUGAAGACAUGGAACUAAGUGAGCUCCAACGCCAAAUUGAUGAGGCAGCAGCACAAACCAUUGAAGAGAAUGAAAGGAAGAAGUGGAUUGCUUUUAGCUAG